AUGGCUGACCAGGAAGAGAAUGCGUCUAUGGUUGAGGGCUUCACUCGAGCCAUUCAACCACUUGCGUUCAAUGAGUUCUACGAUGCUGUUGAUGCCCGUACCUAUGGCUCAUUAAAUGAAGAUCUCACCGAAAGCAAGUGUGAAGAAUAUUUUCGACUCUAUGCCAUGUCUGACGACGGAGCCCCACCAGAGCCCGUACUAGAAGUUCCACCUCCAGCCGAGAUCAAAAUUCUAGAGACUGCGGAGGAUAUUCAGCACCGCCGUCAAGAAGUACUUGGCCAUUACGCCCAGUUCAAGGAGCAUGCCAAGAGUAAGAGGGACCGCCUAGAAGAGGCGCGACAGUAUCAGUACUUCAAGCGGGAUGCUGACGAACUUGAGAUCUGGAUUCUCGAAAAAUUGCAGACGGCUCAAGAGGAGUCCUUCAAGGAUCCUACAAACCUUCAGGCUAAAAUCCAGAAGCAUGAAGCGUUUGAGGCAGAAGUCCAAGCUCACGCUAAAACCAUCAGUAAUUUGGACAAGACCGGGAACGGAAUGAUCCAACAUGGGCACUUUGCUAGUGAAGUGAUAAAGAAGCGCCUCGAAGAACUUCAUGCACUUUGGGACAAGCUCUUCUUCAAACUCAAAGAUAAGGGUAUUAAGCUGCAACAGGCGCUGAAAUUGCUACAGUUCAUUCGACAAUGCGAUGAAGUGCUUUACUGGAUUAGGGACAAAGAAGCAUACGUAACGGCUGAAGACAUGGGCAUGGAUCUGGAGCAUGUCGAGGUGCUUCAACGUAAAUUUGAAGAUUUUCUGAAAGAGCUUGGAAAUCAUCAUUAUCGUAUAAACGAGAUCAAUCAAGCAGCUGACAAAUUAGUUGAAGACGGACAUACCGAGCAUGAUCAAAUCUACAAGAAACGAGACGAAGUAAAUGAGGCUUGGCAUCGCCUCAACACAUUAGCGGCCACUAGAAAGGAAUCCCUCUUUGGAGCGCACCAGGUUCAGCGUUUCAACCGAGACGCAGAUGAGACAUUGGCUUGGAUUGCUGAGAAGGACGCUGCCCUUUCAAGUGACGAUUACGGUCGCGAUCUAAAUAAUGUGCAGGCUUUGCAAAGAAAGCACGAAGGCACAGAAAGAGAUCUGGCUGCUUUGGAGGGCAAGAUGCAACAGUUGGAGAAGGAGUCUGCACGCCUAUCCGAAACCCAUCCUGAUCGUGCAGAUGCUAUCGAAGCCAAAAUGCGUGAAGCCAAGGGACAAUGGAACGCUCUAAAAAGAAAGGCUCAGGCGAGAAAGGAGGGAUUGGACCGUAGCUUGCAGCUGCAUCGUUUCCUUGCUGACUACAGGGAUCUUUGUUCUUGGAUUAAUGACAUGAAAGCUGUUAUAUCCGCUGAUGAGUUGGCGAAAGAUGUUGCCGGUGCAGAAGCGCUACUCGAAAGUCAUCAGGAACACAAAGGAGAAAUAGAUGCCAGGGAAGACAGUUUCAAUCAAACUGCUGUAUCUGGACAAGGCCUUCUGGACAUGGGUAUCCCAGAGAGCGAUGAGGUCCGUCAAAAAUUGGAACAUCUUGCUUACGAAAAAGCAGCUCUCCUUGCUCUGUGGGAGGAACGUCGUAUCCUCUAUGAACAGUGCAUGGAUCUACAGCUAUUCUAUCGUGAUACGGAGCAAGCUGAGACGUGGAUGAACAAGCAGGAGGCAUUCCUAGCUAAUCAAGAUCUUGGUGAUUCUCUUGAUGCCGUCGAAUCGUUGAUCAAGAAGCAUCAGGACUUCGAAAAAUCUUUAGCUGCACAGGAGGAGAAAAUUAAUGCUUUGGAUGAAUUCGCAACAAAGUUGAUCCAGGGACAACAUUAUGCUGCGGACGAUGUGUCCAGAAGACGCCAUGCCCUUCUGGAUCGUCGCCGGCGACUAAUGGACCGCGCAGCUGAUCGCGCGCGUCAACUGCACGAAAACUACAAAAAGCAGACAUUCAAUCGUGAUUGUGAUGAAAUGGAAAGCUGGAUCAAGGAGAAGCUGAAGACAGCUAAAGACGAUUCAUACCUUGACCCGACAAACAUUCGUGGAAAGCUUCAGAAGCAUACCAACUUCGAGCAGGAACUCAAGGCUAACCGCAACCGUUUGGACGAAAUCAACGAUACCGGUGCACAAAUUAUCGAAAGUGGUCAUCCCGAAGCCGACGAUGUGCGCCGUCGCCUUCAAGACGUAGACGAACUGUGGAAUGAGCUCGUUGAUGCUACCAACAAGAAAGGAGCGAAACUUCGUGAAGCCGGUGACGAACAGCAGUUCAACCGCAAUAUCGAGGAUGUGGAGCUUUGGCUUAGCGAACUUGAAGGCCAAGUUGCAUCCGAAGAUUAUGGAAAGGACCUUGUUUCUGUGCAGAAUUUGCAAAAGAAGAUCGCACUGCUUGAGAGUGACUAUUUGGCUCAUCAGGAUCGCAUAGAUGGUAUCAAAGGAUUGGCGAAAAAGUUUGCUGACGAUGAGCAUUUUAAUGCACCUGUCAUCCUUCGCAAACAAGAAGCACUACAAACGAGAUUCCAGAAUCUUCGCGAUCCACUGGAAAAGCGUAAGAACAAGCUAGCUGAAUCUCUGCAGGGAAAUCAGCUCUUUAGGGAUAUCGAGGACGAACUUGCAUGGAUUAGGGAGAAAGAACAGGUGGCUGGCUCGACUAAUCGAGGUCGUGACCUUAUUGGAGUCCAAAACCUCAUAAAGAAGCAGCAAGCGUUGAUCGCCGAAAUCGCCAAUCAUGAAAGCCAAAUUGAUUCUGUAUGCAAGGCAGCGGAGGACAUGAUACAGCAGGGCCAUUUCCUUGCCCCUGAGAUCCGCGACAAACUUGCGCAACUUCGCGACAACUGGAGAAUUCUAAAAACGAAGGCGGAGAAACGCCGCCUAGAACUUGAUGACUCGCUCCAAGCCCAUCAGUACCUUGCUGAUGCUAACGAAGCUGAAUCUUGGAUGGCCGAGAAGGAGCCUGUCGUCGGUUCCACUGAUUAUGGAAAAGAUGAAGAUUCAGCGGAAGCUCUUCUCAAGAAACAUCGUGCUCUCAUGUCGGAUCUCGAUGCUUUCAAAGGAACUAUCGAUGAUUUGAGAAAGCAAGCUGCUCAGUGCAAGUAUCAGGAGCAGCCUGUAGGACAGCUAGGUCGAGAUUGUGUGUUGGCUUUGUAUGACUACCAGGAAAAGUCGCCAAGAGAAGUGUCCAUGAAGAAAGGAGAUGUGCUGACAUUGCUGAAUGCUUCAAACAAGGAUUGGUGGAAGGUUGAAGUGAACGACCGUCAGGGUUUCGUUCCAGCCGCUUACGUAAAGCGUAUCGAGCCUGGUACUGCGCAUCAGCACAGCCAGCAGCAGGUCAAUUCCAUUGGUGGCAAACAGAACGAGAUCGAAGACAAGUACCAGCGACUGAUGAUGCUUGGUGAAACCCGUAAAAGGAAGCUUGAAGAAGCUUGCAAAGGCUAUCAACUUCUCAGAGAAGCCAAUGAUCUGGCGGAAUGGAUCAAGAGCCGGGAAGCCGUCGCUGCACAGCAGGAGAUUGGAACAGAUCUUGAACAAGUUGAAGUCCUGCAGAAGAAGUUUGAUGAUUUCAAAGGCGACCUCAAAGCCAAUGAAGUCCGUCUACAGGAGAUGAACCAGAUCGCUACUGCUUUGACUUCUGUUGGACAAACCGAAACAGCCGUACGUAUCCGCCAACAAAUUGAGGACCUCAAUGCUAGAUGGCGCGCACUGGAGGAGCAGACCGAACAACGCGAGCAGCAGCUCGGUUCCGCCCAUGAGGUUCAGCGCUUCCAUCGCGACGUGGACGAGACCAGAGACUGGAUCCAAGAAAAAGACGAUGCACUGGAUUCAGAUGACUUCGGCCGUGACUUGCGUUCUGUACAAGCUUUGCAGAGGAAGCAUGAAGGCGUCGAGAGAGAUUUGGCCGCUCUUGGAGACAAAAUCAAGAGUCUUGACGAGAAGGCAAAUCGUCUUCGUCAAAGUCAUCCAGAAGCCGCCGAGCAGAUCUACGAUCUACAGCGUGAACUCAAUGAGCAGUGGAAUAGACUCACUGCUAAAGCGAACAAUCGCAAAGAGAAACUUCUCGACUCUUACGAUUACCAGCGAUUCCUGUCCGACUAUCGCGAUCUCAUGCAAUGGAUCUCAGCUAUGAAUCAGCUUGUCAGCAGCCAGGAGCUCGCCAAUGAUGUGACCGGUGCUGAAGCACUUCUUGAAAGACAUCAGGAGUAUCGCACGGAAAUCGACUCUCGUGCAGCAACUUUCCAUGCUUUUGAACAGUUCGGAAAUCAGUUGUUAAACAACAACCAUUACGCCAGCGAGGAUAUUGCCAAGCGCUUGAGCGACGUGAAUGCUGCACGACAAGGUCUCGAAGACGCCUGGGUUGCCAGACGCAAUGUGCUUGAUCAGUGCCUCGAACUGCAGUUGUUCUACAGAGAUUGUGAACAGGCGGAUACCUGGAUGUCAGCUCGUGAAAACUUCCUUGCCCAGGAAGACCCAACCGGGGAUAAUGUGGAGUCUCUUAUCAAAAAACAUGAAGAUUUUGAUAAGGCCAUAAAUAGUCAGCAGGAGAAGAUUGCUGGAUUGCAGCAAUUUGCCAACCAGCUCAUCAACAGUAACCACUACGAUAAGGAUGCAGUUGCUCGCAAACGUGACAUGAUCUUGGACAGAUGGGAACGUCUCAAGUCCGCUCUCAUUGAAAAGAGAAGCAAGCUUGGCGAAAGUCAAACAUUGCAGCAGUUCAGUCGCGAUGCUGAUGAAAUCGAGAACUGGAUAGCAGAAAAGUUCCAGGUGGCACAAGAGGAGAAUUACCGAGAUCCUACAAACAUUCAACAGAAGCAUCAAAAGCAACAAGCUUUCGAAGCAGAGUUGGCAGCCAAUGCUGACCGUAUUGCCACCUUAAUUACUGCUGGACAAAACCUCAUCGAUGGUGCGAAGUGUGCUGGAGGCGAAGAUGCUGUCAGUGCACGCCUGAAGGCAUUGAACGAUCAGUGGGAGCUGCUUGUGAAAACUACCACUGAAAAGAGCUACAGGCUCAAGGAAGCUAAUAAGCAAAAAAGCUUUAUGGCAGCAGUCAAGGAUUUGGAGUUCUGGCUUGGUGAAGUAGAAAUCCUUCUGCAAUCCGAUGACUACGGAAAGGAUCUGGCUUCCAUUGAGAAUCUGCUGAAGAAGCACCAGUUGUUGGAAGCCGAUAUCAUGGCCCAUCAGGAUCGCGUACAGGAAAUGAAUCAGCAAGCAGAUUCGCUUCUAGAGAGGGAUCAGUUCGCUGGACAACAAAUAGCUGAGCGUCGCAAGGUCAUUGCUGACCGCUAUGAGCGAGUCAAGGACAUGGCUAAUGAUCGCCGCGAUAAGCUGAACAAGGCUUUGAACGUCCAUCAGUUCUUCCGUGACAUCGACGACGAGGAGUCCUGGAUCAAGGAAAAGAAACUCCUCGUGUCAUCUGAUGACUAUGGUCGCGAUCUCCCUGGAGUACAGAAUCUUCGACGAAAGCAUCGCCGUCUUGAUACCGAGUUAGCUAGCCACGAACCCCUCGUAUCCCAAGUCCGUCAGAAAGGUGAAGAGUUGUUGAGAUCGACAGGCAUUGCUGGUGAAGAGAUCCAAAGAAGAAUGGCUGAGUUAGAGCGUAGCUGGGGUCAAAUUCGAGACCUGACUGGAAGCCGCCAUCAAAAGUUGAACGAGUCUGAAGACUUCCAAGAGUUCCUUGGUAAGAUUGAAGAAGAGGAAGCAUGGAUGAAUGAGAAACAGCAAAUCCUUGGAUCCGAUAAUUACGGUGAUAAUAUGGCUGGUGUGCAAGGACUUCUGAAAAAGCACGACACCUUUGAAGUUGACCUUCAACUCCACAAACAACGCGUUGAUGAUCUGAUUCGUCAGGGGCAAUUACUCAUUGACUCCGGCAAUCAUCAUGGCCCGCGAAUCAAGGACCGUUGCGAUCAGCUUUUGAACCGUUUGCGUGAUAUCCAGGACAUGGCAGCUCGCCGUCUCCAGAAACUUCGCGAUAAUUCCGCUUAUCUGCAGUUCAUGUGGAAAUGCGAUGUUGUUGAGAGCUGGAUUGCCGAGAAAGAGCAGCAAGUCCGAUCCGAUGAUUAUGGUAGAGACCUCUCAUCUGUGCAGAUUCUUCUUACCAAGCAAGAGGCUUUCGAUGCUGGCCUGAAUGCUUUCGAGCAUGAAGGAAUACAGAGGAUUACGGAGCUGAAGGACCAGCUAGUUAGCAGUAAUCAUCACCAAUCACCAGCCAUCCAGAAGCGUCAUGCGAAUGUGAUAACUCGAUGGCAGCAACUUCUUGCUCAUUCGGAAGGACGACGUCAGAAACUUCUCAAGAUGCAGGAGCAGUACAAACAAAUCGAGGAGUUAUACUUGGCAUUCGCCAAGAAAGCUUCCACAUUCAACUCGUGGUUUGAAAAUGCUGAAGAGGAUUUGACAGAUCCCGUUAGGUGCAAUUCUUUGGAGGAGAUUCGGGCACUUCGGGAAGCUCAUGCUGAAUUCCAGCGUUCGCUGAGUUCUGCCGAGGAGGAUUUCCGACAACUGCAAGCUUUAGAUAGGCAAAUCAAAUCGUUCAAUGUGGGACCCAAUCCGUACACGUGGUUCACUAUGGAUGCUCUUGAAGACACAUGGCGUAAUCUUCAAAGAAUCAUCAAAGACCGCGAAGUAGAGCUACAAAAGGAGAAUGCUCGUCAAGAAGAGAACGACCGAUUGCGACGAGACUUCGCUAAGCUUGCCAACGUGUUCCACAACUGGCUGACACAAACCCGACAGGAGAUGAUGGAAGCUAGCGGUUCGCUUGAGGAGCAAUUGGAAGUUCUAAAACGGAAAGCCGGUGAAAUUCGAGCGAACAAGACGCAACUGCGUAAGAUUGAGGAGCAAGGCGCGUUGCUCGAAAGAAAUCUGAUUCUUGACAACAGGUAUACCGAGCACUCAACCGUAGGGUUAGCUCAAGCUUGGGAUCAAUUGGAUCACUUGGCAAUGAGAAUGCAACACAAUUUGGAGCAACAGAUACAAGCCAGAAACCAAUCCGGAGUAACGGAAGAAGCGCUGCGCGAGUUCUCGAUGAUGUUCAAGCACUUUGACAAAGAGAAAUGCGGACGUUUGGAUCAUCAACAAUUCAAGAGCUGUCUUCGAGCGCUCGGCUACGAUCUUCCGAUGGUGGAUGAGGGCCAGCCGGAGCCAGAAUUCAACCGUAUCCUGGAUAUUGUUGAUCCGAAUCGUGAUGGUUACGUAACGCUGCAAGAUUAUAUGGCAUUCAUGAUCAGCAAGGAAACCGAAAAUAUCCAAUCAUCCGAGGAGAUCGAGAUGGCAUUCCGUGCAUUAUCCAAAGAAUUCCGUCCCUAUGUUACUGCCGAAGAGCUUUACGCGAAUCUCACCACGGAGCAAGCCGAGUAUUGUAUCAAGAGGAUGAAACCCUACAUGGAUGCGAUUUCCGGUCGCUCCAUCCAGGGUGGACUUGACUACGAACAAUUCGUGCAUGCGCUAUUCCAGAGCUAGACGCAAUCGUUGCAGUUCACUGUUUGUUAUACAUCCGUACAGUUGUACAAUGUUGUUUGCUGUUUCGCUGCUUCCAAACUUCCGCCCAGCCCGUAUCAGGCAGGCAGCUUUGCUACGUUAUGUGUAUGUAAAGGCAAUGACUCUUCCCCUUCUUUAAAAUUUUAUGCGAUCUUUCUGCGGAUAUUUAUGAAGACAGCGUGAUGUGAUGUGUUAGAUUUUAAUAAAUGCUAUUUCCGGACACCCACACAGAACUUGAGAACCAGUGAUGUCCUUAUGUACUGGUCGGGAAGUGCAUAUUCAAUCAGUUGUUGUGACAUUUUGUCAUUCCAAUCUUCGCGAAAUUCGAUUUGACAUUCUACAACAAUGACUUGUAC